CUAUUGAUAGGCGAUCUUUGAUAUGGCCCACCUCCCCACGGAGAUUAUCCAGUCCAUCCUCCUUCUGACCGACGGAGAGACGUACUACUCCGCCCAACACGUCUGCUCAAGCUGGCACCAGGCUGCGGCAGACGCCUUCCUGCUCCGCCAGAUCAUCACGGAGACUCCCUUUGCAGUCCCGGCGUUGGACGCACUGAGCGAGGAUGAAUGGAACGCCUUCUUCGCGCAGACGGUACGCCUGAACCUGCUCGACAAACGGAAGACGAUCGUCAAAUCGGUCUCGCGACAGGUCUGGCCGGGCGAUGCCAGCCCAUCCACCGUCUACUCCCUAUCGAGCGAUAGGGAGAAACUGGUCUCGCUCAAGGGGUCACGGGCAACAGUGUACGCUUACAGCCAGCACGGCGACGGCAGCCUCCAAUUCGAACCCGUGUAUACCAAAAUGCUCUUCUCCCUGUGGACGUUAUCGCAAUGCAUGUCCAGCGGAAGAAGCGGCGGUGUCCAGCACCGGCUCGCCCUCUCCACCGACGGACGCCUCCUCGCCAUCGCCGCGUGGAAAACCAUCCACGUCUACGACCUGAGUGAGCAGGGCCGGUGCUCCUUUGCCCAGUACUCCCUGGCGGGCAGCCAGUGCAGCUUCCUAGACGAGCUCUCGCAGAGCACGUACUCCCCCCCCGCCGCCGAUGCGAUCAUCGACUCCCUCGAGUUCACAGAGAGGGACAGCUUACUCCGCGUGGUGAUCAGGGAGGACAAGAACCGGUCGGUCCGGAUCCAGUACCUAGGGCGGCCUGACGGACAGAAGUGUGGUGGUGCUUCCACCGACCUCCUGUACUGGAAAGAAGGAAUUAAGCACGUCUACCUUGAUUCCACGGCUCUGGCCGCAGCCUACAGCGACGAAACCAACUCCACCUUCACCUUCAGGGGCAUCUGUCUCCUCCCGGAAUCGUUCAGGUUUCUCGACAACCAAUGUGUUGCAGACCGUCAACGUCAAGGCCGGUACUUCCUCGCCGCGCUGCACCACGGGCCCAACUCGGCCUCGUAUGUUCUCUGCCAUGUCUCCGCGCUUGGAACCAAAGUCCGUCUCUGCCGGGAGUUUCUGUCCCGAAAAACAUCCCCCACCUUUACGCACUGGACAGAUGACUUUGAUGAAAAGAAAGAUAUCCCUUCUUCUUCCCCCCCGUUCGGCGGAAGAGAGCAGCGAUCCGGCCUCCUCUCCGCAGAUGCGACUUCCGUCUCUCGAAAUCUCUCUCUAGCCCUCCACCGCUGGCAUAAGAUCCAUCUCCCCUGUCCGCGGGCUCUGACCCCGCUCAUCGCCGUCUCGGAGGAUGUAAAGCUGUUUGUCGUGUUUGAGCCGGGGGCCGGCCACGCCUACUCCUUCGCCACGGGGGGUGCCUUUUACGUCUACAGUCUCGAGAGCUGUCCGCAUUCCUCCUCCGCCCUCCACGACAAUCUCUGCAGGAUACAACCCUGGUCUUUUUUGUUGGAUAUCGUCGAUGUGGAUGUUGAGGAGGUCCAGGUCUUCAAGGACCCAUCGGGGGGGUAUACCGUUACAGCUAUGGGGAAGCAGGACGUCCUACAAUGGAGGAUUUAACUUGGGUAGUCAAAGACUUAGAAUUAGACUUAUGUGAGACA